AUGUAUGAUUUUAAAGCUUCUGUUAUCCAUCCCUUUCACGGUGAGUUGCGCAGCUCCGACGAGCCUUGUAAUGAGCCCAAUUUAGAAACCCUAGGCUGUGUUGUUUCCUCUUCAGUUCAAACCCUUUCUCUUCAGCACCAUCCGAGUGACGAUUUGCACGGAAGCCCUGCUGCACCGUAUUCGGGUGGAAAAGGAACUACUACAGAUGCACUUCUGCUGGAUGGUGUACAUGACCAUGACAUGCCUGUCCCCAAGAAACGACACGAGCCACCAAGUGCUCCUCUUGUGGCAGUUGCAGCACCUGCCUCCAUGAACAGUUUGCAGGUGAAGAAACCCGAUUCCCCACAAAACAAGAAAGUUUCUACUCAAUGUUUGAUUUGGGAGGGUGUCAAGAAUUUGGCUACCGAUCAUGCACCAGUGGUGCCCAUUUCACUAUUUGUGGCUGUUCUCUGUCUUUGCUUGGUCAUUGGUCACAUGCUUGAAGAGAAUCGAUGGGUUAAUGAAUCCAUUGUUGCCAUUAUAGUAGGAAUCAUUGCUGGAAUUAUACUAUUAUUGGUCACCAAAGGAAAGAGUUCUCACAUCCUUACAUUUAAUGAAGAACUAUUCUUCAUAUAUCUCCUUCCUCCCAUAAUAUUCAAUGCAGGAUUUCAGGUGAAGAAGAAACAGUUCUUCCAUAACUUUUUAACCAUCAUGUUGUUUGGUGUCAUUGGUGUUUUUAUUUCAACGUCUAUUAUUACUUGCGGCAGCUGGUGGAUAUUCCCCAAGUUGAAGUUGCUUGGCCUGAGUGGACAAGAUUAUCUUGCUAUAGGAACAAUUUUCUCAUCAACGGACACAGUUUGUACACUGCAGGUUCUCCAUCAAGAUGAAACUCCUCUACUAUACAGCUUAGUCUUUGGGGAAGGAGUGGUAAAUGAUGCCACCUCAGUUGUUCUCUUCAAUGCAGUGCAAAAGCUUGAUGUUACAAGAUUUAGCAGCAAGACAUUCCAAGUUAUUGGAGAUUUCUUCUAUCUAUUCGUGUCAAGCACUGGUCUUGGAGUUCUAGCUGGCCUUCUCACAUCAUAUAUCUUGAAAGCCUUAUGCUUUGGAAGACAUUCAAGUAUUCGAGAAAUUGCAUUGAUGUUGUUAAUGGCAUACCUGUCCUACAUGUUGGCAGAGCUAUUUGAUCUAAGUGGAAUCCUCACUGUUUUCUUUUCUGGAAUACUAAUGUCACAUUAUGCAUGGUAUAAUGUGACUGAAACUUCAAGAAUCACAACCAGAAAUGUGUUUGCGACAAUGUCAUUUAUUGCAGAAACCUUCAUAUUUCUAUAUGUGGGCAUGGACGCCCUAGACAUUGAGAAGUGGAAGAUGACUCAAUUAAGUUUUGGAAAUUUGCUGGGGAUAUACAGUUCCUUAAUCCUAUUGAUAUUGCUUGGGCGCGCAGCAUUUGUGUUCCCUCUCUCUGCUCUUGCCAAUUAUACGAACACACGUGCUGCUUCUGACCAAGCAUCAAGCAUCACUUUCAAACAUCAGAUAAUCAUUUGGUGGGCUGGACUAAUAAGGGGAGCUGUCUCUAUUGCUCUGGCUUUCAAACAGUUUACAUAUUCUGGAGUUACUUCUGAUCCAGUUAAUGCAACAAUGAUUACCAACACCAUUAUUGUUGUCCUUUUCAGCACACUGGUGUUUGGUUUUUUCACAAAACCACUAAUCAGAUAUCUGCUACCCCACACGGCUACAAGGAAAAACAUCAUCCAUGAAGAGUCAGGUCCACCAGUUGAGGACUUAAAUCUACCUUUGCUAUCUCUUGAUGAGUCAGCAGCAACCAACAUCAGCCGCGCAAAGGAAAGUUUAUCCAUGUUAUUAGAAAGUCCUGUCUUCACCAUACAUCACUAUUGGAGGAGGUUCGAUGAUGCUUACAUGAGACCCUUUUUUGGGGGACCUCAUCAUAAUGGGUCAGAGUGCUAG